CGCCACUUUUCGCCACUGGGGAUUGAGACACUGAGCCGCCCGGAAGUGGUGUCUCGUCGGCGCGCAUGCGCGGCGGGAAUACUGGGGCAAGCGAUCCCAGACCAUUUUGCAGCCAGUCCGGUUCUUCGCUGUAGCUUUUCGGUUGCACGGACUGACCAGACGUAGCGGCUUUGCCUCCGCUAGCACCGCCUUUCCCCGCCCUCCUGAGCCUUUGGUGGUUCUUGUUUUACCGACCGCUCCCUCACUUUCCCGCGCCGUCUUGUACUUUCAUCCCACCUAGGAUCAUGGCGACAGCUGAGGUACUGAACAUUGGGAGAAAACUCUAUGAGGGUAAGACAAAAGAAGUCUAUGAAUUGUUAGAUAGUCCAGGAAGAGUCCUCCUGCAGUCCAAGGACCAGAUUACAGCGGGAAAUGCAGCCAGAAAGAACCACCUGGAAGGCAAAGCUGCAAUCUCCAACAAGAUCACCAGCUGUAUUUUUCAGCUGUUACAGGAUGCCGGUAUCAAGACUGCUUUCACCAAGAAAUGUGGGGAGACUGCUUUCAUUGCACCCCAAUGUGAAAUGAUUCCAAUUGAAUGGGUGUGCCGAAGAAUAGCAACUGGAUCUUUUCUCAAAAGGAACCCUGGUGUAAAAGAAGGGUAUAAGUUUUACCCACCAAAAGUGGAGAUGUUCUUCAAGGAUGAUGCCAAUAAUGAUCCACAGUGGUCUGAGGAGCAACUCAUUGCUGCACAGUUUUGUUUUGCUGGACUUGCUAUAGGCCAGACUGAAGUGGACAUCAUGAGUCAUGCUACACAAGCUAUUUUUGAAAUACUGGAGAAAGCCUGGCUGCCCCAGAACUGCACGCUGGUUGAUAUGAAGAUUGAAUUUGGUGUUGAUGUAACUACCAAAGAGAUUGUUCUUGCUGAUGUAAUUGAUAAUGAUUCUUGGAGACUCUGGCCAUCGGGAGAUAGGAGCCAGCAGAAAGACAAACAGUCUUACCGUGACCUCAAGGAAGUAACUCCGGAAGGACUCCAGAUGGUAAAGAAAAACUUUGAGUGGGUUGCAGAUCGAGUGGAGUUGCUUCUGAAGUCAGACAGUCAGUGCAGGGUUGUAGUGCUGAUGGGUUCAGCUUCUGACCUUGGUCACUGUGAGAAAAUUAAGAAGGCUUGUGGAAACUUCGGGAUUCCAUGUGAACUCCGAGUGACAUCUGCCCAUAAAGGACCAGACGAGACGUUGAGGAUUAAAGCAGAGUAUGAAGGGGAUGGCAUACCUACUGUAUUUGUCGCAGUGGCAGGCAGAAGCAAUGGUUUGGGCUAUUGGCCAAAGAAGCUCCCACUGCAGAAAGGUGCUGGGGAUAUAGUGUAG